CGGCCAAGCCACCCGUUUGGAUUCUUUCUCAUCGUCAUCAACCAUCCCACUUCCACCAACCCUCCCGUACUCCUCCACCACUUCAUACUCAACACCACCGAAACCAUGGAGAACGUAUCCGGAAUGUUCGGGCUGAACGGAAAUCAGUCCAAGGAAGACAAGAAGCAGAUGUUGAUGCAGACACUGCAGCAACAGCAGAACAUUGAGAACGCCCGUGUUCUUAUUGAUAAAAUCAACUCCAACUGCUUCGAGAAGUGCGUGCCAAAGCCCGGAAGCAGCUUGUCCGGCGGAGAGACCACGUGCUUGACCAACUGCAUGCAGAAGUACAUGAACGCGUGGAACGCUGUCAGCUCGGCCUACAUCUUUCGGAUCAAGAGCGACCCGUCUUCCAACUAGAAUAUAUAGAAAGUUCAAUUCGACCAUUGUCCCCUUGUGGGCUUAAUACUGUACCAUUGUGCCCGGUCAUUGGGAUUGUGUAGGGAAAGGACAC